AUGAUUGUAGCCUUCUUUGACGCCUUUCGCAGCAAGCCAUAUCCUACUCUGUACGGUGCUAGCCAGACGGCAGUUACUGAAGACAAACUCGUAGUUGGUCUUGUGGUAGCCAUUGGUGUUCUCGGCUUUACUCUUCUUGUCGUCUCUCCAGCAAUCCGUGGAAGAAAGGCUCUAGUCUACUUCCUAAAAGUCGGAGCAUCUCUUUUCGUCGGCUGCACCAUCAUCGUUGGUAACUAUGGUUACGGUUGGCAAACCGGAACAAUCAAGACGCGCACAGCGUACAAGGCAUUUACUGAUCAUGAAGUUGCUGCUCAAGUUGGACUGCACGUUGGCCUGCGAGGAAUCAACAUCACAUUGAAAGGUGAGCCAGAACAUCAACUAAAAGAACAGAUUAACUACAACGAACAAUUUUCCUGGGGAUGGCAGCAAUUUAGGAUUGGAUUUGGACCCUAUGUGUGAACUUUGAAAAUCUUCAAUAUUUUUCGUUGUUUCUUUGAACUUCGCGAUGAUCUCGAUAUCGUUAGAAACCGCUAGGUGUAGCCCUUAAUUUUUCUACAAAGAAAACGG